AGCAAUCGCAGUUCAGUGGACCCUCCCUGCCUUGUCAACCUGGGUCGUGCUGUUCCCUCCAGCCGCCAAGGAGUGGCCAUUACAUCACCCUGCUCGUGGGGAUACCUCUGAGACGCACGGCGAACUCUCAGCGCUUCGGACUUGAGAUACGGGAGCACGCGCUUUGCCUCCCAAACCAAGGAGCCAAGUAGGGUAUUGCGAACCCAAUACCCACUCUUUUCUGUCUGCCAGCCAUGUCCGGCUCGAGUGUCGUCUCAAGGACGGCUCCAAUUGCCAUUGCUCCCAAACCUUCCAAACCCACCCUCAGCCCCAGCCGUCAACAUAGCACACUCGGAACAAAUGACCAUCUCUCUAAUAGCAUGAAUGGCCAUGACUCCGCCGACUCAGAAGAUUCGCCUUUGAGUGGAAGCUUAAUAUGUAAAUCUUGCUUGCGUCGAAGGAUCAAGUGUAUUUUGAGUGAGGACGAGGACAGCAGCAGCAGUUGUCUCUCGUGUCAGGUGAACGGCAUUGAGUGCUCCUUGAAUCGAAGCCCGCAACCUCGAAAAAGGAAGUUACCGCGUGAUUGUACAGACGACAUCAGCCAGAGUUGGAAAAGAGCGUAAGUCUCACCAAUAUUUCAUUGUUGACCCCCGCGGCUUUGUUAUCUAGCCACUGCAGGUUUGGGCUUGUCGCAACGCUACGAUGGCUGACGGCUGACGUAUCAUUGGUCCGC